UGAGAUAGGCUUUGAAUGACAUCUGGGAUCUGCUUGACAAUCUUUUAUUCUAAAUGCAGUUGUUGUCUUUCUUCAGAGCAGCAGGAACCAGUGAGGUGCCAUCCUUCAAAUGAUGGAUCGUAUUGCUUGGAGGGGUGGAAACCCCCCAGAAACACUGAAAGGUGUGGACAAGGCAAAGGCAAGGAAGCAGCAGGGUGUGCAUACUCCAGUCCGCAUUCCACGCCGGUAUCGUCAUGGGGCGUAGGUGUUUGCUGGUCUGCACUCUGCACCGUGGAUGUUUGUGUCAGAUUUGUUUGUCUCUGGGGUCCGACUGUUGCUGCGACACCUCAGAUCGGAUGAUCAGGAACACUGCUGCUGUGUUCAACUCCCUCCAGCUCUGAGCUACAGUAACCCCCAACUAAACCUCUCUAUGGAGGUAACAAGCCCAGGCAGGACAGUCCCACCUAGCUGCCUGUCCCAGAAGACGCAGUCCAGGCUGAGACAUGCUGAUAGGAAGCUGGAACCGUCGCUGCGUGCCUCUCUGCUUUACCCAAGUUAGGGAAACAUUGAGAGCUUCAGUCUCCAGGGCCAUCAGUUUGGCAGCUUUCCUCAGCACUAAAUUUACUUUUUAAAGCUAUAUCAGUGUUGCACCCAAAGGGAAUGGAGGAACAGAUGCAGCCUGUGGAGUCUGGCUUUAAUUCAUCUGCUUCGUUUAAUUUCCUACCCUGCCUUCUAAUCAGUGACAUUGCAUUGAUGGCCCUGGGAAUACUCCAGCUUCUCGUACAGGCGCUGUUUAGUACAACACAGUGGCUGUGCCAUCUUAGCUUGUUCACAGGAUCUGACUUGGGGCGUCUGUGCCACAUUACCUCACAGGGUCUGUGCCACAUUACCUCACAGGGGCUGUGCCACGUUACCUCACAGGGGCUCUCUUGCUCAGGGUGUCUGUGCCACAUUACCUCACAGGGGCUCUCAGUCAGGGUGUCUGUGCCAUGUUACCUCACAGGGGCUCUCUCGCUCAGGGUGUCUGUGCCACGUUACCUCACAGGGACUGUGCCACAUUACCUCACAGGGGCUGUGCCACGUUACCUCACAGGGACUCUCACUCAGGGUGCCUGUGCCAUGUUACCUCACAGGGGCUCUCAGUCAGGGUGUCUGUGCCAUGUUACCUCACAGGGGCUCUCUUGCUCAGGGUGUCUGUGCCACGUUACCUCACAGGGACUGUGCCACAUUACCUCACAGGGGCUGUGCCACGUUACCUCACGGGGGCUCUCUCGCUCAGGGUGUCUGUGCCACGUUACCUCACAGGGGCUCUCACUCAGGGUGUCUGUGCCACUUUACCUCACAGGGGGGCUCUCACUCAGGUGCCUGUGCCACAUUACCUCACAGUGGCUGUGCCAUGUUUCCUCACAAAGGCUGUGCCACAUUACCUCACAGGAGCCCUUUCAAUCAGGGUGGCUGUGCCACGAUACCUCACAGGGCCUCUCUCGCUCAGGGUGGCUGUGCCACAUUAUGUCACAGGGGCUCUCUCGUUCAGGGCGUCUGUGCCACGUUACCUCACAGGGGCUGUGCCACAUUACCUCACAGGGGCUCUCUGUCAGGGUGGCUGUGCCAUGUUACCUCACAGGGGCUCUCUGUCAGGGCGUCUGUGCCAAGUUACCUCACAGGGGCUCUCUGUCAGGGCGUCUGUGCCACGUUACCUCACAGAGGCUGUCUCACUCAGGGCAUCUGUGCCAUGUUACUUCCCAGGGGCUCUCUCAGUCAGGGCAGCUGUGCAUGUUACCUCAGAGUCGCUGUCUCAGGAGGGCUGUGGCCCUUUCCUGUUGGCUGACCAAAUUUCCGCCUCCAUCUUUGUUAUGUCAAUGUUCAUCCUGAGCAGCACCACUUGUUCAUUCAGUCGUCCAAAGCCAAGUCACACCGAAACCAGGAAGACGUCCUUCUGGGUGACAGCUCUCCUUUUGUGAGGCUCACGGUAUAUCCUGCAUAGUAUAAUCUGUAUCAGAUUGCUGUUACCCGCUAAAAUGGAGAAGUAGGAUCUAGUAGGAAUGCAGUUGCAUGGUGGAAUAAAAACUUUGGGGAGCACAGUCAAAAAUAAGUAUUUAUGCCAUCCUUUGCCACUGUGCUAUGGGUGCCACUCAACUGCUGCUCAUUAUGAAGUGUUAACGAGAACCAAACCCCAUGUGUCUUUCUAUUUUAUAGGUAGAGCUGCCUUUAGGCACUUGUGAGCCUCAAUAAUAUGUAUGAAUCUAAACUUAAUAGACAGGCCAAGAUUGCUACCUUCCUAAACAUUUGAUGAUAGCUGUGGUUUUUCAUGGAUCUGUCCUGUAAGUCGCAGGCCUAUGCCAUAGGAUAAUUGCCAGUAUCCCCAUACAGCAUCAAUGCCUGAGUGAUGCUCGGAUAAUAUGAUGACAGACAGAUAUGUUUUCAAUUAAUCUAUCUACCGUUCUCUUGUACACAAUAACCCCCCUGACCCUGAUAGCCUUUUAAGUGCUAUUGCAACAUUAUUUAUUUGAUCAUAUGUCCAUUGCUGUGUUCCCAUGUGUGGUGCUAACGUUUAAAUUCAGAAGACUAUUUAAAUAA